ACGUUAGUUGAGCCUGAAACUUGUGUCCGGUUUCCCAGCACAAUACAACCACCCUCUUGUCCACCCUUGACCCUUGUUGGGCUAGGGGUUCGAGUAGUAUCAUUUUUGAAGUUAAAAGUAUACGCUGUUGGCUUCUAUGCGGAACCCGCUUUGCUUCAGACGACUGAAGACGCGCCUUUCGAAGAAAAAAUCGAGCGUAUCAUCCAGACUUCGGCUUGCGCCAUUCGGAUCGUGCCCGUGCGCUCGACAUCGUACACGCAUCUCCGAGAUGCUUUCAUACGAGCUCUCCGUUUGCGAAUCGCAUUGGAAGAGUCGCUGCAGAGGUUGAAGGGGAUCUUUCCAAUUUCAUCAUUUGAGAAGAAUUCGUCUCUUCUCGUCUAUUCGGUUCCUGAAGUGCAUGGGGGUUUGAAGGAACGUACACUGAUCUUCGACGGAUUGGGGGAAAUUCAAAGCGCCUGGAUGGCGGCGAAUUUCUUUUAUACAUAUUUUACUGGGAAAGGCGUUAGUCCAGCAGUAAGUCAGAUGACUCCAUCACACAUCGAGAAGAUUCUGAAGAAGUGGACAUAUGUAGUUGCUGAAAAGCGUCAAAGAGUCCCUGAUCUCCAAAAAAAUCUGAAUGGCGGAGUUAUUAUAAUUAGACGGAAAUUGGUGGGUUAA